CUGGUAGGCGAUAAUGGCCAUGGAUCGAUGAAAAACGCUUCUCCACAUUGUUGUGAGAUGAAGUUGGAGGCCGUGCAGCGACACAGAAUAACCGAGGACACAGCUUAGCAACUUUUAACAUCCUGAUCCGUCGUUUUUUUCCCCUUUUCUUUUCUGUGACUUGCUGUAUAGGUGUGUAGCCUGUUUGUAGCUGUUCAUGACGGAAACGAUGGCGCUGAGUGGAAACUGUAGGACUAACCCCAAAGAGCAAGCAUCAGUUCAGAACAGUUUCCCAGAUGUUGUUGAAUUAAACGUAGGGGGGCAGGUUUAUUACACUCGUCACUCAACUUUAGUGGGCACCCCGAAUUCAUUACUCGGUAAGCUGUUCUCUUCCAAAAAAGACGCAUCUAAUGACUUGGCGAGAGACCCCAAGGGUCGUUAUUUCAUCGACAGAGAUGGGUUUUUAUUCCGGUAUGUGUUGGACUACCUCCGAGACAAGCAGGUCGUCCUCCCGGACCACUUCCCGGAGAAAGGGAGGCUCAGGAAAGAGGCGGAGUACUUUCAGCUGCCCGACUUGGUGAAGCUCCUGACCCCUGACGAUAUCAAGCACAGCCCGGACGACUACUUCCACAGCGACUAUGAAGAUGGGUCGCAGGGCAGAGACCACCGGCAGUGUCCGCCUCCCUCUCUGGUCCCCGCGGACAGAAAGAGCGGCUUCAUCACGGUGGGAUACCGGGGGUCGUGCACCAUGGGCCGGGAGAGUCAAACCGACGCCAAGUUCAGGAGGGUGCCUCGGAUACUGAUAUGCGGGAGGGUCGCUCUCGCCAAAGAAGUUUUCGGGGAGACCCUGAACGAGAGCCGGGACCCGGACAGGACCCCGGAUCGGUACACCUCCCGGUUUUACCUCAAGUUCAAGCACCUGGAGAGGUCUUUUGACAUGCUGUCGGAGUGCGGUUUCCAAAUGGUGGCCUGCAACUCGUCAGUCACAGCCUCGUUUGUCAACCAGCACACAGAGGACAAGAUCUGGUCCAGCUACACAGAAUAUGUCUUCUACCGUGGUCCAUCACGUUGGUCCUCCCCUCCAUGUGACUGCUGCUGCAAGAACCACAAAGGUGAUGGCGAGGGCGAGAGCGGCACCUCCUUCAACGAGCUAUCCACCUCCAGCUCCGAGAGCCAGUCAGAAGCCAGCUCUCCCCAGGGAACAGUCAUCUGCGGCCCGGUCAGCCGCCAGUCACACCCCCACGCCAACGUCCAAACCCUGGACAGGCCGCUGAAAAAGGGCCCCAUUGCUAUGCUCCAGCAGGGCGAACAACGACGGAAGAGUGACUUGCUGCGCACACUCACGGCGAGCUCCCGUGACACCAGCACCUGCAAGAAAAGGCCGGCGAAAGAGAAGCUGACGGUCGAGGAGGAGCUGGAAAAGUGCAUUCAAGACUUCCGCAAGAUCAAGAUCCCGGAGAGGUUCCCCGAGAGGAAGUACAUGUGGCAGGCCGACCUGCUGAGAAAGUACCGCCUCUGAGCCAGGAAACAGGACAGAGGGAGCAGACACAUGAGGCCAAGGAUCAGUUUACAAGUUUUUUGAUUAUGACUUUUCCAGCAAAAGGGAGAUAACGCUCAACUGAUUUGAAUCCAGUUUCUGGGGGAAACUUCACCUUUAUGCCAGUAGGUUGAAAGUCUACACAGAAGCUAGUAAGAAGCAUAAAAACCAGACUGUUCUCUUAUUGACAUAUGUAGUACGUAUGUGUGUGUAUGUAGUUUAGGCCUACUGUAUGUACUGUAAGUAUGUGCUGUACCUUGCUGAAUGCUUCAGAGCUUCAAAUAAUUUAUCCCUGAGGACCAACCCAAGUGGGCGAAAGACAUCCCUUAUGAACCGAUAAACCAACCGAAGGCCUGCUAAUGGCUACAGCGGGGGUUGCUGAGGGUUACUGGACUGCACACAUUGUCAUCUGUCAUAAUUUCCCUGGAAAACCAUAACAGGAGCCACAGGUUUGGUCCACAAAGACAAACUGAUUUAGUAUGUGAAUGUGUGUGUAUUUAUGUGCGAGUGUGUGUGUGUUCGCACCCAGGUGGCCUAGAGGUCACAGAUAAAUCUGCAUCAGGACCCAUUAAUAAUUCAUGCUGUCCCGACAGUGCUCUCACUAUAAAUACACUCAGAGCUCUCUGCUGCCAGGGUGGCGUAAAUAGCUAGGUCAAUUACUUAACUUUUAGGUAACAUUUGGGGCUUCUGAGGCAGGAGGGGGUACAAUUUCAUCAGAAGCACAAUUAAUUUUAUUCUUCUAAUAUCAGUUAUAUUGUAAACAUACCCCAAGCGAAUCAAAGUGUCCUGCAUUGCAUUGAUUUUUUUGCUGUGUUGGCAAGAUGCUGAGAAAUUACCAGGUUACUGCGUGGAGGAUAAGUGAAAGAGAAUUUGAUUUGAUGGCCAAACAAGGGGGAAAUACAAAGGUUCCAUAUAGACAAGUCUUGAUUUAACACACCUAUACACACACUUUUUUCCCAUUACUUUACAUAAAUUAACAAAGCACUCACAAACAGUCAUUCCUAACACACAGAGUGAUCAAUCAUGAGGUCAUUUAAAUCGUGUUCAAUAUGACACCGACAGUAAAUACAGACAGAAUGGGACAGGAUGGCUACACAGGCUAACCCGACAACACAGACGGAUGCUCUCUACCCUGGCUGUUGACACGGUGAUCGAUAGUUGUGGAUGAUAAGGUCCAGUGAUGGAGCUGAUAGAUGCGGUUCUUGUUUACAGUCAUUAAUGAAACCCCUGGGUUACUUUACAAAGACAAGCUGGUCAUGUAUUAAAGUGCAAAUUAGCCAUUAUUCAUGUAUGCAUCUGUGAAGUCACGGCUGAGUCAGAGUCGAUCUGAUGUAUUGUGACGUGGCUAAAAACACAAAGAUGGCAAACAGUUAUUUUCAAAGAGUACAAUUCAAGAACACAAUUUAAUUUCCUCAGGAGCAUGAUUGUUAUUUAUUUAAGGCUCUGGUUGGAUUAUAUGUUACUGACAGAAUGAUUUCGAAAUUAUUUCAGGAUGCAAAUUAAAUUAUUGACCACCGUGAAUUGCAAAAGCACACAGACGUUCAGUGAUGCUGUAAAUGUAAAACAUGAAUUUAUUUCUUUUGAAAGUUUGGAGGACAAACUUUUGAAGAUGAUAGAUGCCAUUUGACAAAGGAAAUUGUUUAUUUGAACGGGUAUCUGUAAUCGACGGCACAAUCUCUGUUUUAGGAGAGACGUAUAAAAGACAGACCAUGUGUAAAAAUGAUUGAAUAAAGUGUAGAAAACAAUGAAGCAAACAAAUACAUGAUGCCGUGAGAAUUAGGGUUCAAAAUAUCAAAAUCAGACUUUUUAAUAUAACAUUCAGGGGCAAAUAAAAAGCAUGCCAUACAAAGUACUGUGGAAGGAAGCUUCCAAACCUCCAUUAUGUCCAGUGUAUGAAAGAAAUUUAUUCAGAUUUAGUUUCCAUAAGACGAAGCAGCUGUUAAACUGCUUACAGAAACAUAUUUGUCGAUCUCAGCUUCAGGUAAAACUCUUGGUAUUUGUGAACAGAUUGAUAGACAGCUGUGAUGAAAGAUGUAGUUUGGAAUAAAAACUUAUAAAUAUUGAUGUAUUGACUUGUGUAGAUAAAAAAAAAGUUUAGAACGACCUUCUCGAUGGUAGGAGGACAAUAAAAACAGGAGACAGUGGAUCACAUUUCCAUACAGGUACUUGAUUAAAGCUUCUCAUUAUUUGUUGUUAUUGCAGCUUAUGAAAGUGCAAAGGGAUGGGCUUUAUAAACAAUCAUAGCUUUUACACAGCACAAAGUACAAAGUUAAAUGAAAAGUUAAAGGUAAAUGAAAAGCACACAAACAGAAUAAAAUAUGCAGAGUAUAAACUUAUUCAAAGAUCAGUUUAUUUAAAAAAUACACCCCUUAUAUAUUACUAGAAAUGGACAAUUUAAAAAAAAGUUCUAGUAUACUUAUUUUUCUAUCUAAAGGCCUUUAAAUUCAUAGUUUAUCAAAUGUCCUUUUGUUGCCCAUGAAAUGUAUUUCCUGUGAGAGAAGCAGUUCAUAGGUAGUAAGACAUUUUUGAGUUAUAGUAUAUUCUGUGGUGCCCAUACGUCUGCUGUGGUAAAUUAUAGUAUACAUUAACAUGGUUGCAAUAGGUGCUAGAUAAAAACCAUUUUCCUCAUGUCAAUACAGUGAAUACGACUUAUUUUUCUACAUUGCUGGUAUAUUACAAUUUCAUUUUAAAGUCAUUUAUUUUAAGAGCCAAAGUUGAAAUAUGUUAAUCCAGACUACAUGUUAUAUGUAAAUAAACACCAUAAAUCAUACCUAUCCAGAAUAAUGUAUUAUACUCUCUGUACAUAACAUGCAAAUCCAUGAGGUGAGGCUGCUGCGCUGCUUUUAGUGAUGCAGUAGACUGACGCUAAUGUAUUACAGCCGUUCACGUUUUAUCAUUUUGGGUGUUGGGCCAUCAGGGACGAGGGGAAAUAUAAUACACAUCUAUAACAUAUUAUAUAUUUACCACUGUAACAAAUGAUGAGCUACUUGCUCUCCGAGACAACUGUCAUAAACUGACUGCCUGCACAUUCGUCUAGCAGUGCCACAGAGACAGUCACUGGUGACUCAGAUGUUUUAGUGGUGCUGAAU